AUGCGGUAUAGACAGUGGUGCGCUGCGGUGGUGGUUGCUCCGCCGCACACAUUUUCCAUUCUCUGCGCCGUUUCACAGUGCAUCUUCCCGCGAUCUGCAAUGGAUCUUUGUUGGGGUGGUCGUUGUGGUGGUGGAUCGCGCGACGCUGGCGUUCGCAGGAGCCUGAAAUUUGACUAUCAAGAUAAAGAAUCCACCCAAUAUAUUGGUGGUGACAAUGUACUCAAAUCAAAUAAACCAUUGCGAAACACCUUCAACAAAUCUAGAAGUCAACAAAAUCAAACAACCAAAGACGAACAAAAGAGGCAGUUUAGUGAUACUGAUGUUUUACGAGCACUACAAAAAGCCACUACCCACAAAUCCAAGAAAAAGAAAGACAAAAGGGACACUAUAUCCAGAGAUGGAAAAUUUGUUGAACGAGAAAUCCAAGGGACCGUAGAUUACGCUAAUGUUAGAACCUUAUGCAUUAAAAUUGAAUGGAUUGCUCAAUUGGAGGAAUUGGAGAGGCAACUUUAG